GCGGCGGUGACGCGCGAGCGGGGGUUUUACGGCCCUCAGCUGAGGGGAAGCGUAGGGAGAGAGCGAGUGAGUGACGAGGGCGGAGGAGGGCGUCCGGUGGAGCGAGUGCGGCGGUACUGCUGCCAGGAUGACGUUCAAACGUAGCCGCGACCGUUUCUACAGUACUCGCUGUUGCGGCUGCUGCCAUGUGCGGACCGGUACCAUAAUUUUGGGCACCUGGUACAUGGUGGUGAACUUGCUGAUGGGCAUCUUGUUGACCGUAGAAGUGACUCAUCCAAACGUAGUGCCAACUGUUAAUAUCCAGUAUGAAGUCAUUGGAAAUUACUAUGCUUCUGAGAGAAUGGCUGAAAAUGCCUGUGUUCUAUUUGCAAUCUCCCUCCUCAUGUUCACAAUCAGUGCGAUGAUGGUGUAUGGAGCAAUUGCUCACCGUGUAGGCUGGCUGAUCCCGUUUUUCUGUUACCAACUCUUUGACUUUGUGGUCAGUUGUCUGGUUGCAAUCAGUUCUCUAACCUACUUGCCAAGGAUCAAGGAUUACUUGGAUCAGUUGCCGGAUUUCCCUUACAAAGAUGAUCUUCUUUCACUGGAUUCCAGCUGUCUUUUGUUUAUUGUUCUGGUGUUCUUUGCAUUAUUUAUCAUUUUAAAGGCGUAUCUAAUCAACUGCGUAUGGAACUGCUAUAAAUACAUCAGCAACAGAAAUUUGCCAGAGAUUGCAGUGUACCCUGCUUUUGAAGCACCUCCACAGUAUGUUCUGCCAACUUACGAAAUGGCAGUGAAGAUGCCUGAGAAGGAGCCCCCACCUCCCUACAUACCUGCCUGAAGCAACCUGUACGUUCGUUAACAUCUGUACCAGCUCCUUGGGGGUUUUGUCUUUCAAUCUUGCAAAACUGCUUAAGUAAUAGAAAUAUUCAGGACUUUAGGAGCAAACUGUUCUGUUUAAAACUGUUUGAUAGAAACUUACUAAGCAAAACUCAUCCGGGAGUGAUUUUGUUUGCUUUAAUUUUUGUUCUCCUUAAUGCUUUUAAACAUUUUAUUGCCUUGGGGCCUUCUCCUGCAAGAACUUAUGCGUGUGACUAACCAGUGGCUUUUCAUAAUAUCAACUGAGCCGGUCUGUGAUGAAAGCUAGCUACAAACAUAAGUGUCUGCAGGAUGGUGCCCUUAAUUUAUAUUAAUUUUUUGUAAAGUAGAUCAUAAAGACAAUCUGUGCGGCAAGAUGACAGUUUGCCUUUAUCCAGUUUUUGGAGGGGGAGGGGUUUGAAUGUGGUAUAUACGUGAAUUUUUUUUUUACUUUGCACUUUUCUCAUAUGUUACGUUACUGUGGGUUUUGUUUUAUCCUAUGUCCUGAAACCCAGUAUUUUCAGGAGAAAGCGAGGUUGGCACAGGCCUUGUACUAGUGUGCUGUCAAUGCAAGAAAACGAAUAGAAACGUAGAUGAUGGUUGCAUGCUUCUAAUCUUGUACGUAUUUUCAUCUUUGUGAUAAAUGAUACUUAAAUAAAUCUUUUAUGAAAUGUUUACCAGUA